AAUUUUCAAAUCAUGGUCACAACGAGGCUAACUAUGAUAGAUGCACAUGAAUACAUCUGUACUGUGAAGGAUACAUUUCAGGACAAUCGUGAAAUGUAUGAUACAUUUCUGAUGGUCAUGAAGGACUUCAGAACUACUAGGUAUACUCUAUUCCACAUAAUAACUACUCUUAUGAUUAGUGACAGUCUUGCCAUAGCAAAGGUUAAAGACCUCUUCAAGGGACACUGUGAGCUGAUUUUGGGUUUCAAUAACUUCAUGCCGGAAGAUUAUAAAAUAACAUUCGAGAGUGACGAACAUGAAAAACCUCCAGUAAAAUUUGUAGAAGCUAUUAAUUUUGUAAAGAAUGUCAAGGCAACGUUACAAAACGAUCGUGCUUUCGGAUCUUUCUUGGAGAUAAUGCAAAUGUUUCGUCAAAACAAGAAGAGUGCUGAUGAGGUCUACCAUGAGGUAAUAUAUAUGUGUGUGAUGGCCUUUUCCGAGACCAACCUGAGUUACGUGUGGAAUUUGCUUACUUUCUCCCUCGUCGUGAAAUGGGGUGGAAGUGCAAUUUGA